AUGAUCAAAGAUGAAGUGCGCACAACAACAUACCGGAAUGCAAUGUACUAUAACAGACACCUGUUUCGUGAUAAGGUUGUUCUUGAUGUGGGAUGUGGAACAGGGAUUUUGUCAAUGUUUGCUGCUAAGGCUGGAGCAAAGCAUGUAUAUGCUGUGAGUACUAUUGUACUUUGAAGAAUAUUUUUUUCUCAGNCCACAAUUUAAUACGUUUGCAAAUCCCCCCCACAAAGACCUCUAGAAUGUAAAAUGAUUUUAAAACGUGUGAACUGGUUUAGCUUUGUCAGCCAAUGUCUUAUAAAUGUACGUGGUUUUCUGUUUGACAGGCAAAUUUUUUUUAUCAAUAUUUUCUGAUAAAAUUGAUAUCCAGUAAAUAGUGACACAAAAUCAAAGGCAGUGUAAUUCUUUUUGUAACGACAAAGUGGCAGGUGUUCAGUUAGUAUAGUAAGCAACUUUUUACCUUCUUUGACCCCGUCUCAACCUUCCCUUUGGCAAGGAAUUCCUGGCAUCUUGUAGCUAAUAGCUAGAGUUUCCGUGCGGUUUUGGAGCAAAGAACGAGGAAUGAGAGUGACAGAUCAUGCAAAAAACGGCACGAGUAAAAGUAGCGGGGAGGGGGAAGGGAGGAAAGGUAAGGAAACGCUUGCAGACAAACCCCAGGAUUUUGAAAACCGUCCACUUGGCCUGUCAUGCCUGAGUACGUGCACUGACAUUUGAUGCUGUCAUAAGCUGUCAUAAAUUGACCAAUAAAAAUAAUGUUUGGCCCUCCGUGGGAGCGGAAGUGAACUUUUGAGGAUGCAUGUGAACCCAAAAUAUAGUUUCUUUGUAUUUGGGAAGCAACGCGUAGAUGGCGGGAAUGGAGAAGUCUCAAUCAAUCCAAACAAUCAAUGCAGGCUUUGUAAUUGCAGCUUCAAGGGUGAAUUUAUCUUCUUAAUCCCGUCUCAAAGGAAGGUCCGCCAGGGUUAUGUUUUGAAGUUUUAGCUCAAAACCUCCAGGAAGAUUUUAGGUGGUAAAAUGUGACAAACAGGUCAAAGCUCAGCUUGACAAAAUGGCUUAUCAUUCUUGCCACGGUACAGAACGACUAGAGUUGCUCUUGUAAAAGCAACUAAGAACAAAACCAUACCAGCAACUGUUGAAGUUUGAGUGGAGAACCAAACCCAUGGUCUUGCAAGUUUAAUUAGACAAAAUAUGCCUAGAGUUAAUUACGGUAUACACCCUCUGAAAUGAGUAUGUCCAGCAAUGUGACAGUAGGUUAAAUUGCAAAAAGCAGUUGGAACAUCCAUUCUAUUUCAAAAUCAUUGCAUGCAUCAUUUUCAAGUGCAAAGUUACGUACAUGAAUGUAAUGAGCUGUGAUGUACCCCAACUUAAAUGUACGUUCAAGAGUAUUUUUUUUUCACAUUUAACAGGAAAUGAUCAAAGAUGAAGUGCGCACAACAACAUACCGGAAUGCAAUGUACUAUAACAGACACCUGUUUCGUGAUAAGGUUGUUCUUGAUGUGGGAUGUGGAACAGGGAUUUUGUCAAUGUUUGCUGCUAAGGCUGGAGCAAAGCAUGUAUAUGCUGUGAGUACUAUUGUACUUUGAAGAAUAUUUUUUUCUCAGUUGCAAUGAUGAAUAAUCAGUCCUUGAAAUACAUCUCAAGCUAAUUGCAGGCCAUUUAAUUAAGACAUUAGAGAUAUCUCUAUUUUUCCCCCAGUCUACAAAAAAAACUGCAUUACUUACAGAUCAAUAGAGCUCAACAGUAUUCAUGAAUUUGCAGACUUAUAUAAAUGUUGCUCUGUACUGUUCAUGUAAUGUACAUAAUUUAAAAUAUACAUGGCUCAUUCAUAGUUUAAUCAUAUUCUUGUAUGUAUUUCACUAGCCAUAUCAUUAGCUCUUAUACUCAUUCAUAUUGAUGUUAAACUUCUAUAUUUCCUUAGUUUUAUUUAUUUUGUACUUAUUUAAACUUUGUAUAUUCUGAAUCUUAUGCUUUUUAUAAUUUUAAUUUAGAUAGAGGGCCACAAGUUUACUAGUUUCUGUAACUAUUCCAUGCUACCCUCUUUAAAUAAAUUGUAUUAUUAUUAUUAUUAUUAUAAACAAUUAUUGGAUGAGGUUUUUGUGAUAUCCGGAAUAAUCAAGGUCGAGGUAAGUGUUACCGAGACCUUGAUUAUUCCAGAUAUCACAAAAACCGAAUCUAAUAAUUGUUUUGUUAUACUUUAUCUUCAAGUAAUUUCUCAAUUUCUUGCUGGGUCGAUGAAGCAAAUCGAGAAGCCAUUCUUACUUCGCUGUCCGCGAACUUGACAUUGCUGUCCGUGCACUUGACAUUGCUCUUGGCAAUCAUGCAUUGUGCGCGCAACCUACAGAUUAUUCACUAAUCUGUAGGUACAGAUUAGUGAAUAAUCUGUAGGUUGCGCUGUUUCCCAGAAUUAACUGUAGGCUUUUAGCCAAUGGAAAGACAGAUGGUGACUACAAUGUAUAAUUAUUAUUAUUAUUAUUAUUAUUAUUAUUGGCUAUACACUACCAUAAGUUUAUUUUCCUCUCCUGUAAGUGAUCUUUCAGCUCGAAAUGGAGGUGAAAACAAAAAAUUCUGUUAAAACCACAAUAAGGUUGUUUUAUUCCAUACAGUACUGAAAUCAACUUAAUCUACUUGCAACAGUUUGUCCAGUGUUUUUGGUAGUGGCAGUGACUAACAGUAAUAUUGAAUUACAGGUAUUACAUGUUUCCACUCUGUUUUUGUUUACAGGUUGACUUUUCUUCUAUUAUUGAUUACGCCAAACAAAUAAUCAAAGACAACAACUUUGAAGGAGGUAAACAUUACUGUUAGACUUUUUCCACACAGUGAGGUUAUUUUCCUCAUAAUACGUUGUAAAAUUUUUGCAAAUAUUUUUUACAUCUUUCUCGCAUCCUCUGUGUAUCAGAUGUCCUGUUUCUUAUGCAUAUCAGAAUCGUUUGAGAUGUUUACACUGUAGUUAAAUUUCAAAGUUGUUUUGUUCAUCUCUUCAACCAAUAACUCAAUCCAAGGAAGCAAAAUCAGACAAAAAGUAAUGCCAAAUGCUCUGCGAGUGAAUUAAAGGACACAUAAAAAUCCCAGCAACUGUGGGCUGCUAAGAAAAAAAGGCUUGAGUGCCUUGCCUAUUAAUUAAAUGCAUAUUAAAUUCUGUGAUGUCUGAAAGAAACCCUUACUGGAUUUGCGGAUAAAUGUUUUCAAAUUAAUUUGUAUUAUUUUAUUUGUACUUUUAGUCAUCACCCUUAUUAAAGGCAAAAUUGAAGAAAUUGAACUGCCUGUUGAAAAGGUUGAUAUCAUCAUUAGUGAAUGGAUGGGAUACUGUCUGUUGUAUGAGUCCAUGUUGGACACUGUGUUAUUUGCCAGGGACAAAUGGCUGGUGAGUGGCCAUCUAAUUACCAUACUUAGACAACUUCAUCUAUCUCAGGCAAUGACCUCCUUAUUAACUCCAAAAUACUUGUAGAUUAUGGAGUACAAAAUAAUAAUAAUAAUAAUAAUAAUAAUGAUGAUGAUGAUGAUGAUGAUGAUGAUAAUGAUGUCUUUAAUGUUCCAGUUGCUAGUCAGCUUUGUUAGUCUCGCUUGGGCAAGCAGUGAGACUCAUAAUCUACUUAAUACAAAGAAAAUAAAACCACUCGCACACAAAAUGACGGUUGUGGUCCCAGGUAUUCGUGGCGGCGAUUUUGGAAACUGGGAAUAAGAAUUUUUGUGUGACUGAAGCCACGCAUGUUUUGCAAAGAAUGCUUAGGAAAGAUUAAAUGUAGAGCUUUUCCGGAACGGGUCAGUCCACGAAUUCUAUCGGCUUGAAAGCGGUGAUUACUUUGGAAUAAGUGAACACUAGGUCGAAAAUAAAAGAAGAAUCUUAAUUAGCAAAAACUUUGAUCAUGAGUGUUGUAAACUUUCAUUGUAUGCAAAUGAGUCUAAUGUGAUGCAAUAUUUUCGGCGAUGGUUGAAAUGAAGCGCCAUGUUCUCAUCACAUUUCUCUCAAAUCAAGGUCCUUCAAUUUUCGUGUAAUUGUACAGGCAUGUAGGCUGUGACUGCAGACGUAUUUCCAGUUGUCGCUAACACGCGUACUAAAUCAAUUCAGAAACAAAUCGUUGAAUACAGUAUAAAAAGUACCAUUGAUAAAUUAAAGUAGGAAGUGAAAAAGCUUUAGCGGGUAAAUUAUCGUGUUUCGUGGUUAAUUAAUCACCUCAUUUCUUUAUCUUAUCUACUCUCCAAGCAAGCAAGACUAACCGCCAGUUUUAAGAACGUUCUUGUUUAUAAUUCACAAUCUGCUCGCGCACAUUUGGAUCUUCCAUUACUCGUAUUUUUUACCAUCUACGUGUGAAACUUAGAUGCAAAGUAUUUUGUCUCUUGCACUCCUUAACAUUUAAUUAUAACUAGUAAUAGUAAUAAUAAUAAUAAUGGUAGUGAUAAUAAUACAUGUAUAAAAAUGUUCAAUGUACAUGUAGCUCCUUUUUCAGUCCUUAUACCAUGCAAAGCAUUUAUACAAAUUUAAAUUUACUACACCCCAAGUUCCAGACAAUUCAUCGAUUACUUGGUGACAAUUUUCUUGAGUACAAGGUUAACUGUUGAAACUGCCAUGAAUGAAUCUUUUUUCUGAUGAUGGAGUUGAGUUUAGUAAAGAAAGGCUGCACUCCUGUAAAGUACUGUGAGGAGAAUAUUUUUUCUUUUUAAUGCUAAUGGCCCAACGAAAGUUACAGGUAUGUCACUGUACCUGAUUGUAGCUCACAUGUCACCAUCUUUACUUAAUUGCAGAAACCGGGUGGGCUAUUGUUUCCAGACAAAGCACAACUGUUUGUCUGUGCCAUUGAAGACAGGCAGUACAAAGAAGAUAAAAUUUAUUGUAGGUUGUUGUUGUUGUUUAUUUCCUCUCUUCUGGUUGAUUUAGCUGUUUAUAACCAUUUUUAGCUUAAAUCCUGUACAGUUCUUUGGUUCUGUUGCUUUUGUUUGCCUUUUCUCAUCUGCAUUUGUUUCCCUGUUGUCUUUGUGUACCUGUUAUGCUUCCUUUUUUUUUAUCAAAAACCUGAGUCAUGUUCUAAUGCAAGCUUUGAAGUUGUACUUUCCUGUCAUACUUUUUAUUACUGAUGUGCAUUAUUAAUUUAUUUUUUGUCCACUGGGUGCUUUUACACAGUCAGUAAUUUUAUUAGGCUUCCACUGUAAGUUUGCAGAUGAAGUUCUACAGGAGGCACGGGGCUACUCAUCAUGCAGUGUUGUCCUGCAUGUUGUGAUUCUGGCCAGAGUGAUUACAGCUAGUGCAAACAUAAAAAUUGUGCAUGUACAUAUAUAGUAGUUUUAAGCAAGAUUUCUUAAAAUGAAUGACCUUUUUGCAGGGUGGGACAAUGUAUAUGGCUUUGACAUGAGUUGCAUCAGAAACGUGGCCUUAACUGAACCGUUAGUUGAUGUGGUGGAGGCAAAACAAGUGGUCACUAACUCAUGUGUAGUGAAGGUAAGGCUAAUGCAGAUAGUAGGUCAGGUGACACCCACAUGUUCAAGUAUAUGUAAGGGGCUACUACACAUGUAGGUACAGUAUAUGUAAUGGUGCUAGCAGAUGGUGUUUUUUGAUGGUGUUGCAAAUAGGUUUACUUUUUCAUGCAACACUCAAAAGGGUGUUACAAAACAUUCAUUGUACAUGUAGGAUAUGACUAAAUGUGAGUGUAAAUAUAAUAUUAUCCACUCCCCUCAGAUCAGGGCUUUUCAGGAAUAAUUUAUAACACUGGUUGGGGAACUUUGCCAGACUUCUUAAGUUGCAGUUUACAAGUAAUGAAGAAAUGAGUAAUGAUGCCCCAAUACAUGAGUAUGAAAGUGAGAUAGCCCACUGCACCAGGUACUAUGUGCCCUACUCUUUACGAAGAGUGACUUUGUGGGUUCUUUAACAUCCCACAGACUUUUUAUUACAUGUGCAAGGGCUUGUGAGACGGGGCCUACGGUUUAUCGUCUGUAUCCAAAAAAGACUAGAAAGUCAAACCAUUGGUAGAUGUUAUUACAAAGGCAGCACUUUCUCCUCAGUUAUUUAAAGACCCUGAGUGUUGGUCUGGCUGGGGUUUGAACCUACAGCCUCCCGCUCAGCAGACUGGCACUUAUCCCAUUGAGCUAACUGGGUGGCGUAUGCAUACAAAGAUGUAUUCAUAACCAAAAUAAGGUCCCGUGGAGCAUAAUUACAUGCAAUUCCUUAACUACAGCUGUAUAUGUACCUUCAGGGUGUUGGAUAUAUACCUGUAGUCUGUACAGCUGUAUUUGUGAUGUAGACUUCAGUACUUUGCUACAUACAUGUAGUCAAUUUAAGUACCUUGUAUUAGCAAGCUUGAGUACUUAAUUUUUGAUUAUAAUUGAAAAAGAAUUUUUUUUUCUACAACAGGAAAUUGACCUGCAUACAGUGAAGAAGGAAGACCUGUCAUUCAGCUCCCCUUUCCAGCUGUACUGUCGACGAAAUGACUACAUCCAUGCUCUUGUUGCUUUCUUUACUAUUGAGUUUACACACUGCCACAAAAGAACAGGAUUCUCUACUGGUAAAUCAUCUUCUGUAUACAAAAUGUCCGGGGCCAUUUUUCAUGCAUGAGAUGCAUUUUAAAAAAGCCUACCCCCCCACAGAUACAUUGUAAUGUCAUUGUAUUAGUUUGCUUUUCUUGUUACAAUGAUAUUAUUAAUGAAAGCAUAUCAUAACCACAUCUUGAGAAGAAGUAGAAGAACCUUUUUGUUCCCAGGCCAUUUAAAGGCUGCAGUUUCAUGUUCAUGUACAGUGUACCUGUGUUGCUUCUGCAAGGCUGCUGCCUAACAGGCGGCCGGUCACCAGAGGCACCUACGAUUUGCCUGUUGGUGACCAAAAUUGCAAACCAAGAGCCCAAACAGGCGUUUAAAAUGCAUGAUUCUCUGGCUAACUUUUGGUGAACGAAUGACAAAAUUCCCUGCUCAUUCUACACCUGACAGUAAAAAACCUCCAGCACAGAAAGGAGAUUGGCCCUUGAAUGUUAGCUGACCCUUUACAAUCCUACUAUUUGUGCCCUUAACUUGUGUGCCCUUGAGUUGGAUAAAUGUUAAAUUUGAAGCUUAUUGAUCAACCUGUUAGUGCCCCAGUUGUCUCACGUUACUUAUUUUGUGAACAGGCUACUUGUUUGAGAACGGUAUUUUGUCUCCUGCCUUCAGAAUUAUUGUUUUUCUUAUGGACAUUAUGGACUUAUGAAGUGCUUACAUGGUAUUUCAGUUUCUAUGGAAACUGUAAACACAAAAAUAGUUGUCAAGUGUAGCCACACCCUGUGCAUGACUUCAAGAGUUCAAUAUUAAUUUUAGUGUUUUAUUAUAGCUCCUGACUGCCACUAUACCCACUGGAAGCAAACUGUAUUCUAUCUUCACGACUACCUGACUGUCAAAUAUGGGGAAGAAUUAAUAGGAGAAUUCAAAAUGAAACCUAACCCAANAUCCCACAGACUUUUUAUUACAUGUGCAAGGGCUUGUGAGACGGGGCCUACGGUUUAUCGUCUGUAUCCAAAAAAGACUAGAAAGUCAAACCAUUGGUAGAUGUUAUUACAAAGGCAGCACUUUCUCCUCAGUUAUUUAAAGACCCUGAGUGUUGGUCUGGCUGGGGUUUGAACCUACAGCCUCCCGCUCAGCAGACUGGCACUUAUCCCAUUGAGCUAACUGGGUGGCGUAUGCAUACAAAGAUGUAUUCAUAACCAAAAUAAGGUCCCGUGGAGCAUAAUUACAUGCAAUUCCUUAACUACAGCUGUAUAUGUACCUUCAGGGUGUUGGAUAUAUACCUGUAGUCUGUACAGCUGUAUUUGUGAUGUAGACUUCAGUACUUUGCUACAUACAUGUAGUCAAUUUAAGUACCUUGUAUUAGCAAGCUUGAGUACUUAAUUUUUGAUUAUAAUUGAAAAAGAAUUUUUUUUUCUACAACAGGAAAUUGACCUGCAUACAGUGAAGAAGGAAGACCUGUCAUUCAGCUCCCCUUUCCAGCUGUACUGUCGACGAAAUGACUACAUCCAUGCUCUUGUUGCUUUCUUUACUAUUGAGUUUACACACUGCCACAAAAGAACAGGAUUCUCUACUGGUAAAUCAUCUUCUGUAUACAAAAUGUCCGGGGCCAUUUUUCAUGCAUGAGAUGCAUUUUAAAAAAGCCUACCCCCCCACAGAUACAUUGUAAUGUCAUUGUAUUAGUUUGCUUUUCUUGUUACAAUGAUAUUAUUAAUGAAAGCAUAUCAUAACCACAUCUUGAGAAGAAGUAGAAGAACCUUUUUGUUCCCAGGCCAUUUAAAGGCUGCAGUUUCAUGUUCAUGUACAGUGUACCUGUGUUGCUUCUGCAAGGCUGCUGCCUAACAGGCGGCCGGUCACCAGAGGCACCUACGAUUUGCCUGUUGGUGACCAAAAUUGCAAACCAAGAGCCCAAACAGGCGUUUAAAAUGCAUGAUUCUCUGGCUAACUUUUGGUGAACGAAUGACAAAAUUCCCUGCUCAUUCUACACCUGACAGUAAAAAACCUCCAGCACAGAAAGGAGAUUGGCCCUUGAAUGUUAGCUGACCCUUUACAAUCCUACUAUUUGUGCCCUUAACUUGUGUGCCCUUGAGUUGGAUAAAUGUUAAAUUUGAAGCUUAUUGAUCAACCUGUUAGUGCCCCAGUUGUCUCACGUUACUUAUUUUGUGAACAGGCUACUUGUUUGAGAACGGUAUUUUGUCUCCUGCCUUCAGAAUUAUUGUUUUUCUUAUGGACAUUAUGGACUUAUGAAGUGCUUACAUGGUAUUUCAGUUUCUAUGGAAACUGUAAACACAAAAAUAGUUGUCAAGUGUAGCCACACCCUGUGCAUGACUUCAAGAGUUCAAUAUUAAUUUUAGUGUUUUAUUAUAGCUCCUGACUGCCACUAUACCCACUGGAAGCAAACUGUAUUCUAUCUUCACGACUACCUGACUGUCAAAUAUGGGGAAGAAUUAAUAGGAGAAUUCAAAAUGAAACCUAACCCAAGAAAUAAUGUAAGUACAUGAAUACACAUCUUUGUCACAGCUGGUCCUGUUUUUAAUGCACUGCGAUAUCUCAGUGUAUUUCUACUAAGGCAAAAUUAUUUCUUUAUCAUUUUCUCAUGAACUAAGGAGUUCUCUAAUUUCAAACCCAGGAGUGCUGGGUACAAGUCUGUUUAUUAUGGGAUAAACAAAAUGAGACCCUCGGCUUGAAACUAGGCAAUAAUGUUAUAUUGUCAGGGUUCGCACGGACCUUGAAAGUCCUUGAAUUUUCAAAUAAAAAUUCAAGGCCUUGAAAGUCCGUGAAAAUUGCAGUCAGUGCUGGAAAGUCCUUGAAUUUCAAUGCUAAGUUUAUACAUGUAGUUAAAAGAAAAAGGAGCAAACACAGAAAGACCUUCGGGAUAAAAUUACUGAAUGUUGUGAAUUAACUAAAAAAGACAUAGACUCAAGGCUCUGUUUUGCACUGAAUGGAGUCCUUGAAAAAUGGGAAAUGUGUCCUUGAAGGUCCUUGAAAGUCCUUGAAUUUUUUGUUCAAAAAAAAGGAACGAACCCUGUAUUGUUAUUGAGAUACUUUUCUUGAAAUCUGAUUUCAGCGUGAUCUGGAUUUUAACAUCAGUGUAGACUUCAGUGGUGAGCUCUGUAACUAUCAAUCUACAGCUAACUACAGAAUGCGAUAG